GGCUCGGGCCGAGGUGGCUUCUGCCCCGCGGCCUGCAUCGCCUCUCGCCGUGCCGCGGUUGCGGUCCCCGAGUCGCGGUCCGGAGGCUUCGCCUUGUGUUCGGCAUCAGGGAGUGAGAGGGGUGCGCCUGCAUCGCGGAGAUUACGUCAGGCUGUAGUGCUUGUUUCUCGUGGUGUGUCUGCAAAGUAAACGAAGCGCUGAAUGACAUAAACUUUUUCUGGCUGCUCGCAGAUCUUUUAAUUCAUGCAGCUGGCGAAUAUGUUCUUGCAGCAGUCGUGCUUUCGGAGGCAGGGCUGUUGCCGGGCGUGACUUAGGGGCUGUAGUACGGGAGCGGCCGCCUAAUGCGAGCAGAGCGAGCCCUCCUUAGUCCUGGCUGUACAUCUGCACGUCUGCACACAGCGGGUGGACAAAUGGGGCCUCAGCUGAACCUGCAGAUUUGCUGUCUCCACAUUAAGUCUUGCCUCUACUCCGAAACAUCAGUCAAACAAGUCAUGUACCUGUGAUAGAAGAGGUUCGAGCUUGUAGAAGAAAAUCGUCCUGGGCUUCUGUUGCGUAACUUAGUAUGUAUCCUUCAUUUGACAGAGUAUUCCAGAGACCAUCUGUGAUUGCUUUCAAGACAUUUUCCCUUAAUGAGGUAUGGGAGAGAAGGAGCCAUGUCAGAAGAAGCUGUUACUGAGACACGAUUUUCUCUGAAGACAGUAGCAUUACGGGUGUUUCAUCUUCCCCUUUCUUGGUAUUAUUCUCUUAACCAGAUAAAGCUUUCCCCAGGGUUAAAGAAACUUUUCACAGUAACAGCAGUGAGUGCAAUAUCUGUGAUUUUUCUGGCCCAUCACUUUAAAAGAAGACGUGGAAAGAAAAACAAGAAAGUGCCACCAUGGGAGCCAUCUCAUCUCAUAUUAGAGUGUACAAAAGCAGCUGCUUCAGAAAAAGGUUCUAGUUGUUCCAGUAGUCGACAAAACUUGACUCUUUCUCUGAGCUCUGCCAAGGAAAAAGGAUCUCAGUCCUGUAUCUAUGCAAAUGGAGGACUUUUCAGUAAAUACUCUGGGUCAGUUCAAAGCCUGGCCUCGAGUGCCACCUCUUGUCACAGCUGUGCUUGUGCCAAUUCUAAUUCCUGGGAUAAAGCAGAUGAAGAUGACGUUAAACUUGUCAAUAUUCCAGUGACUACACCUGAAAAUUUAUACUUGAUGGGUAUGGAGCUGUUUGAAGAAGCACUGAGGCGCUGGGAGCAGGCCCUAACAUUUCGUAACAGGCAAGUUGAAGAUGAAGCAAUCUGUGGUUCCAUUAAGCUGGGAGCAGGAGAUGCAAUUGCAGAAGAAAGUGUAGAAGAUAUCAUUAGUGCUGAAUUCAUUCAUAAGCUUGAAUCUCUUCUUCAAAGAGCUUAUCGUCUUCAGGAAGAAUUUGAAGCCACCCUUGGGGUCUCUGAUCCUGCUGCUCUAGCUAAUGAUAUUGAUAAAAAUACAGACAUUACUGUAAAGGAUAAUGCGGAUGAUUUCUGCCUUCGAGAUACAUUAAGCAUUGCAUCCACAGACUCCUUUGUUUCUACAGCUGAGCUUUCAGAGCACAGAGAUACUCGUAGCACGUAUGGUCUGGAUUCCCUUUGCCACUGCCCCUUGUAUGAAGAAGCCAUGCACUUGGCAGAAGAAGGCAAAAUUUAUUCACGGGUCUUAAGGACUGAAAUGUUUGAAUGUCUAGGAGACAGUGACUUCCUUGCUAAGCUUCAUUGUAUUCGACAAGCUUUCCAGAUAAUUCUUUCAGAAACAGCAAACAGAAUAUUUCUUGCUGAAAGUGGAAGAAAAAUUUUGUCUGCUUUAAUUGUGAAAGCACGAAAGAAUCCAAAGAAAUUUGAAGAUGUCUUUGAUGAAAUGAUAUAUUUUUUGGAACAAACAGAUCACUGGGAUAAUACCGAAAUGGAACUUGCUGCUAGAGGAGUGAAAAAUCUGAAUUUUUAUGAUGUUGUUCUGGACUUCAUAUUAAUGGAUUCAUUUGAAGAUUUAGAAAAUCCGCCAGUAUCUAUACAGAAUGUAGUAAAUAACCGCUGGUUGAAUUCCUCUUUUAAAGAAACAGCUGUGGCUUCAAGUUGUUGGUCAGUACUGAAGCAAAAAAGACAGCAAAUGAAGGUGCCUGAUGGAUUUUUUGCACAUUUCUAUGCUAUAUGUGAACAUAUCAGCCCUGUUUUGGCCUGGGGCUUUUUGGGCCCUAGAAAUUCCCUGUAUGACCUAUGCUGCUUCUUCAAGGAUCAAGUGCUUUUCUUCCUCAAGGACAUUUUUGAUUUUGAAAAGGUGAGGUACUCCAGCAUGGAGAGCCUGGCUGAAGACCUGACGCAGCUGCUGGUGCGGCACACGGAGCUGCUGCUGGCCUACCUGGGGGCCGACUCGCUGCGGCACGUGGGGGCCUGCGUCAGCGGCCACGGGCCCCUCCUCGCCAGCGGGCUCCUGGAGGCCAAAGUGCAGUGAGCUUCCAAUCCCUGGCAAACGACAGGGAGUGCACACAGAUGUGCUCUUUGCCACCCUCUUCCCUAGUGCUGAAGCUGCUGUGGCUGUUACUGGGCGAGCAUCUGGGAAUGCAUCGUGUUGCUAAGUAUGGAAAAGGACUCAGGGAGGUUAAAUGUACAUCUGUGAAAAGGACUGGGGAGUGUAUUACUGUAUAUACCUAAAUUAAUUUUGCAGCCCAGCUGUCGUUGUAUUUAUAUUUCAUGUAUCCCAAAGCUUUUUUCUGUAAUAUUCGGGUAAAGUUUAUUUAUGAAAUACUGUACUUUUGCACAAAUAAUUCGUAAGUGAAGCUGAUGGAGUUGUUUCCUUUAAAAGCUUAUAGUACAAAAUGUUCAUUGCAGAGUCUCCAAAUCAUUAGGUGUCUAGAUCUAGAGGGUGUUUUGUCUGGGGUAUCUGCAGUCUCUGAUUCUUGUGACACGUGCAAUAAAGUAAUCACACGCACAGAACUGAACGUGUUGCCCCUGCCCCAGAAUUCCAUUUGUGUGGGUGUAAGCAGCCAUUUUGUACUACAGUGUAAUGGAGCAGUGCAGGAAAUGCAAGCACCAUGGGGCGGGAAUGACUGCCAGUAUGCAAUUUUUACUUUAUUUUGGUUUAAAAUAUCUAAACAUCACUAAGGUGUUUUAAAAUACUUAUUUAUAUUUGAAGAGCUAUGCUAGCUUCACCAAUUAAUUUAAAACUUCCUUGUUUUAAAACCAUUACUACUCAAUGUGGUGGUAAAUAAACCAAUAUUAUUCUCAGUUCAUAUGUAGCAUUUCAAAAUAUAUUUUUAAAUAUGUAUGAUAAGAUUUAUUAAUCAUGAAACAGAAUUGAAGGCAAUGUUUUAUAAUUUAAUAAUUUGUGUCUUCCUCCCUUCUCUGUGGGAAAUCAAUUGUCUGUUUAAGAGGAGAUUUAAGCAAUUGUGGCCAUCUCUGUGCAGUGUAAAACUGUGGCUCAGGCCAUGGAACCCUGAACUUCAGAUAGGAGCACAGCACCUUCAGAAGGCAUGAGGCACCUUGCAGCAAUGGCUUUUCCUGGUUUUCUGUCAACUGAAGCCAUGCUUCUCAGUUAGUUUAGGCUCUAAAACUGCACUUACAUGCCUUUGCCACGUUAAGCCAGCCCACAAGAAUCUGUCCCAUGUCAAGAAAUACAGAGUAAUUACAGAGUAAUACU